CGUUUCGCGAUCUCGUAUUCGCACGGAACACAAUUCCUGCUGGCCGAUGGAAAGUUGGCCUGCGUGUUGCUCGUACCAUAGGAAUUUAAACGGGGAUAUAGGUAUAAGAAGACGGAGACGGGGAGUCGUUCGAGGUAGUGUGAGGCAUAAACGCGGCGGCACCACACCCAGAGUGACCACCAUUGCGACACGGGAUAAUACGGCCAUGCGCGUCGCGGUGAUCUUGUUGGCAUGCGUCACCGUGUUGGUUUCGGCCCAAUUUAAUCAAGACAUAGAGGGUGGUUCGCCACCGAAGGGUUCACCAGGCCCCUUGCGAUCAGCGCGCUUCCAAAGAUUGCCAUCUGCUAGACCAGCUAUUCCAACGCAGGCUGCGCUUGCGAAUCAAAGACUUACCGGUCCACGACGACCCAUCGGAACUGGUCCAGGACCCCUGGCACCAUUCAAACCCCUACGACCCAAUCUGCCAACCGGGCCAGCACCAAAUAUCCCUCAGCAUAUCAAGCCAGUGAACGAAGAACCAGACGAGGAUGCACGAAACCGAGAAUCGCAACGCGAGCAAGACGAUGAUUCGGAAUUGAGCGAGGAGCAAUCGGAAAGUCAAGAAGAAGAUAGCGAAGAAAACGUGCCACGUGCCAUAGCGAAUCUAGGGGCAGUAUCCAGAAGUCCCGCUGGUCCAUCAGCUCAAUCACCUCCAGUACAAUAUCGUCCACUUCAAACAGCUUCACCAUCAACUGGCAGAGGAGGUGGAGUAUCAGCCACCCCGGCUCCACAACCUGUUCAGUACAGACCACCUCCAAAAGCGAACAAACCCAGGAAACCGAUAGAGGAACCGUUCAAACAACAAGUUAAGGCACCUACGAAACCUCUGAAAACAUCACAAGCUUUCGAUGGUCGUGGAAAGAAGCCAGUUGCACAGAUUAUCAGACGGUAUCGUAACGAUAAUCCGGAUGGCUCAAUCACCUGGGGCUUCGAGAACGAUGAUGGAUCUUACAAAGAAGAACUAAUUGGCAUCGAUUGCAUCACUAGGGGUAAAUAUGGUUACAUAGAUCCGGAUGGUAUUCGACGCGAAUACACUUACGAAACUGGCAUCAAAUGCGACGAGGAACAACGCGAAGAAGAUGAAGAAAACGGGUUUGUUGAUUAUCAAGAAAACAAAUUAGUACUCCCCGACGGCAAAACCAUUGAUCUUUCUAGUAUGGGUAAGAAACAGGGCCGCAGGCCUAAAUACGUUCAAAGAAAUUAAAGAAACUUUCAAUUUAAUAUUUUCUUCGUUUGAAGAGAACGCAUAUCAAAAUUUGUCCAAAAACAACUUCCACAGCUACAUAAUUUCUCGUUUUUCUUUGAAAAAAAGGCCAAAAAAGCACAACAAAAUUAUUUGCAGGGAAAGAACAUUCAAUAAUUUAUUUCGUUUAAGUAACGUUUUAGUAGUACAAGUUUCAUCGUAACUAUCGUCGUUGCGUUUUCUUCGUGUUGUUCGAAAUUUGUUAAAUAGAAUUAUUUAGUAUGUAUCUAAUAUCAUGUACAUAUAAAUGUAGGUACCUGUAUCGAGUCGAUCGAAUAAAGAUCACAAAAUACACGUGA